AUGGGUCCGUUCCUGCAACCGGACUAUGCAGGCCAUGACAAGCUCUUAGGCCCAGCCUUCUCCUUCUUGAUCGAACAUCCAUCAAAGAAAUCGAUCCUCUUCGACUUAGCAAUCCGGAAAGACUGGGAUGCCUUACCGAGCUACAAGAAAUGGGUAGAGUUAGGCUGGGGAAUCCACGUCGAAAAGGACGUGGCAACGAUACUCAAGGAAAACGGAGUAGAUGUAGACGGCGGAGCUAUCAAUGCUAUCAUCCUCUCUCAUCACCACUGGGAUCAUAUGGGCAACCCUCAGACAUUCCCAGGUUCCACAGACUUGGUCGUUGGACCUGGCUUUUUGCAAGCAUAUACCCCUGGCUAUCCCAAGAACCAGGACUCGACAUUACUAGAGACAGAUUUCGAAGGCCGUGAGACCAGUGAGAUCAAGUUUGACGAAAACGGGUUGAAGAUCGGACGCUUCCAUGCCUACGAUUACUUUGGAGACGGGAGUUUCUAUCUUCUUGACACGCCGGGGCACAGUAUAGGUCACAUGUGUGGUCUCGCUAGGACUUCAACUAGUCCAGACACUUUCAUAUUCAUGGGAGGAGACGCCUCGCACCACGGUGGCGAGUUCAGACCUACCGAAUACCUGCCAGUGCCGAAGGAGCUCAACCCGGCGGCGCCGAAACGACGAGGCCACAACAUCUGCCCUGGGCAUCUGCUGCAGGACAUCAACCCUCACGGUUCUGCCACAAAACCAUUCUACUACGUCACAUCGCUGUUGUCGCACGACAAAGAAGUCGCUGACUGGACAAUUGAGGGAUUGGGAGAAUUCGACGCACAAGAUAACGUCCUGCUGUUGCUGGCUCACGACGAUGCUGUAGUUGAUCCGCCGCAAUUCGACUUCUAUCCAAAUUCGCUAAAUGACUGGCAUCAGCAAGGUGUCGGCAAGAAAGUCAAAUGGCUCUUCCUGGGUGAUUUGGAGGGUGCUGUCCAAGCAAAGCAAGGUGGCAAGGAGGCUUUCACCUGGGGCAAGUAUCCCUGA